UAUUUUUUUUUCUUCAAAAUUGUUCAAAAUACAAAAUAUAAAAAAAGUAUUCAGUACGUGAACUGUGAAGGCAAGGCAAACACAAAGAAUCAGCAAGACGGCAACAAACUCGCAGUUAUGCCCUAACUGCACAGACCGCAUGAAUUCCCAUUAACUCAUAAAUUCAUAACCAACUUUUUUAUAAUUUAUAUACUUCGUUUUCUCACUCUUCUGCAUAAUACAUAAAUGACAAAUCAUUAAAUUCAUCUGAUUAUUAUAUAAUUAUAUCCACAAAUUAAUAAUAAUUAUUCAUUAUAUAAUUAUUCCUCGCCGGCGACGAUCGAUUAUCAUGACUCCUCAGGCCGCCGGCGUGAUUUGGCUUCUCUUGCUUUCGAUCCUGGCCGUCACCGAUUGCCGUGACGUCAUCCAGCUCCCUUCGGAAGCUCGCCGGUUCUUCCGCGGCGCGGCGGGGGAAAGCGGCAGAGACGGUGACGAUUCCGUCGGGACGAGGUGGGCUGUCCUGCUCGCUGGGUCAACUGGCUACUGGAAUUAUCGUCACCAGGCUGAUGUGUGCCAUGCAUAUCAAAUCCUAAAAAGGGGUGGCCUCAAAGAUGAAAACAUUGUUGUCUUUAUGUACGAUGACAUUGCUAAUAAUGAAGAAAAUCCAAGACCUGGAAUCAUUAUUAACAGUCCUGAUGGAGAGGAUGUAUAUAAGGGAGUUCCAAAGGAUUAUGUUGGUGAUAAUGCGACCGUGAACAACUUUUUGGCUGUCCUUCUUGGAAACAAAUCAGCAGUUACUGGCGGUAGCGGGAAAGUUGUUGACAGCGGUCCAAAUGACCAUAUAUUUGUAUACUACUCGGAUCAUGGUGGUCCAGGGGUGCUUGGGAUGCCGACCAAUCCAUACCUUUACGCUGAUGAUCUGAUCAAUGUUUUGAAAAAGAAGCAUGCUUCUGGAACGUAUAAGAGCUUGGCAUUUUACCUUGAAGCUUGCGAGUCUGGAAGUAUAUUUGAAGGUCUUCUUCCUGAGGGCUUGAACAUAUACGCAACCACAGCAGCUAAUGCAGAGGAGAGUAGCUGGGGAACUUACUGCCCUGGUGAUAUUCCUAGUCCUCCGCCUGAAUACGAGACUUGUUUGGGUGACCUAUAUAGUGUUUCAUGGAUGGAGGAUAGCGACAUACACAAUCUUCGCACCGAAACUCUGAGGCAACAAUAUCAGCUGGUCAAGAAGAGAACUGCUCAUGGAAAUUCUUACCAUGGCUCUCAUGUAAUGCAAUAUGGUGAUCUUAAGCUGAGCCUGGAGAAUCUCUUCAUGUAUAUCGGAACCAAUCCUGCAAACGAUAACUACACUUUUGUGGACGAUAACUCCUUGCAGCUAUCUUUUUCAAAAGUCGUUAAUCAGCGUGAUGCUGAUCUUGUACAUUUUUGGGACAAGGCGUUAAUGAAGAACAGAUGGCUGAGGUAUCAGCACAAGCUUGCGCCAGUUUUCCUUCCAAUUCUUGGAGCUCUCUACAUAGGG